AUGCCUUGGGGAUGCUGCCCGUCGGGCCAGGUGAAGCCCGAGCCCAAGGCCAUCCUGGGCGACGACCUGGUGCUGCGUUCCAGCAACACUGAGCUCCUCGUGCCGCUUGUCUCGGUGCCAGAGUACCUGGAGGCCGUUUGCCGACACUUUGGUCCCAAGACCAGCUUUGUGGACGGGGUGACCGGCGCUGCGACCACGUUCUCCGAGCUGUGGCAGCAGACGAUGGCCUUUGCGGCCGCCUUCAGACACCGGGGUCUGACUCCGGGACAAAAGGUCUGCUUCCACGGCAGCAACCACGUGACGCUGUGGCCGGCGUUCCUCGGCAUCGCCAGCAUCCAGGGCGUUCUUGUCAUGGCCAAGGCGUCGCUCACCGUCCGAGAGCUACUUUACCAGCUCGAAGAUUCGCAGCCUACGUUCAUAGUCACAGAAGCCGGGCUCUUGGACAAAGUUCUCGAGGUGCGGGAGGCCGCCGGGAGCAUACAGGACAUUUUCCUGUUUUCGGACAGCGAGGACUACGUGACCCUGGACUCCCUUUUGGAAGAAGGCCUCGCUCUGGGGCCGGACAUGCCCCCGCUGGCCCGCAGCGACCCCCGGUCCACGCCUCUGACGGUGCUCUACUCGAGCGGCACGACGGGGCUGCCCAAGGGAGUGGUGUCCACGCACUUCAACUUUGUCAGCCAGAUGGUCCAGAUGGGGACCGAGGGCGAAAACAUGUGCAACUACACGGACGUGAUCGUACUGUGGCUGCCCAGCACGCACCUGUCGGGCGUCUUCUUCUGCCUGGUGGCCCUCGCCCAGGGGGCCACCGCACUCCUUUUUCCAGGAUUCAAGUUGGACCUGCUGCUCGCGGGCAUUCAGAGGUACCAGGCCACCCUGUUCCCCCUGCUGCCCACGUACGCCGCGGCGGUGUCCCAGUCCCCGCUGGUGUCGCAGUUCAACGUGUCGAGCGUGAGGACCAUCGGCAUCGGCGGAAACGCCACCCCGGAAGUCGUGGCCCAAGAGCUCGCACGCAUCUUCAACAUUGAGAGCCUCAUUCACGUGUACGGCAUGACCGAGUCAAGUGGCAUGGUGACGAUGACAUCAACACAUAGCAGGGACAUCAAGAGUGUGGGCUAUCCGUUGCCACUCACGGAAAUACGAGUUCUCGAUUUGGACACAGACAAGCCCCUGGGUAUCGACCGGGACGGAGAGAUCUUGGUUAGAGGACCCCAGAUUAUGCUUCAUUACCUUAACAAGCCUGAAGCCACGAGGAACGCAGUAGACCCUGAUGGCUGGUACCACACUGGUGACUUGGGACACUUUGACGGCGACGGUAAAGUGUACAUCGUGGACCGAGUCAAGGACCUGAUAAAGUGCAUGGACCAGCAGGUGGCGCCAGCCGAACUCGAAGACCUGCUCAUGACGCAUCCGCUCGUGGUCCAGGUGGCGGUGGCUGGGGUGCCGCACAACCCUUACGGGGAGGCAGCCAGGGCUUUCGUUGUGCUCUCGGAAGAAGCCGCUCACGUGCCCUUGGAGCGGAUCGUCCAAGAGUUAGAGACGCUUGUUGCCGAAACUUCGGCCCCUCACAAGCACCUGCAUGGUGGAGUCCAGUUUCUCAGUGAACUACCGAAGUCAGAGUCCGGGAAGUACCUUCGGAGAGAACUCCGAGACUUCUACCUCAGAUCCAUCUCCUAGUGCAGAAUCUGCGAGCUUUUA